AUAAUCAUAAAUGGCACUACUUCAACCUCCAAGAUCUUCAUACACUCAAGCUAGUAGAAAAGUAUGGUUCUCUUAUGUGGAAGGUUCUAAUAGAUUUCAACAUGAGUUGUUAGGCAUUACUAACUCAUAUAUAGCCGGGAACUUACACCUUCAAUUUCCUAAAGGGGAACCCCUAAAUGCCAAGCAAAUUGAAGUUUCCAUCACGGGUACAGAGUAUGUUCAUUGGACUGAAAAAGUAACCAGAACUCGUCAAGUAUAUGAUUCUAUUACCAAUUCAUAUUAUACUCAACUUUAUGUGGAAAAAAUAAAUUAUCUCCAUGAACAACAAAUUCUGAAUAGAUCAAUGAUAUUAUGGCAAAGCAGAAAUUUGAAGAAUAAUGUAAGGUCAAAAAAAGAAUUAUAUGAAAAUAUUGCAAAUAUGUAUAUUCCAUUCCAAAUUCCAUUACCUAAUGAUAUACCAUCAUCAAUGAGUUUGGGUACUGGAACUAUUUAUUAUAAUGUGAACGCAAAAAUUAAAAGGAAAAGCAAUUUUUGGAAAUUUCAAGGUUCAAAGAAAAUGAUUAAAUGUAAUUGUAAUAUUUCUCGUUAUAGUCUAAUGCCAAUGACAGAUCCUAUAAAAUGGGUAGAAUGGAAUGAUCAGAAAGCUUGGAAACGUGGAUUAGGUUAUGAUGUUUUCAUGUAUUAUAGUACCUUUGGACCUGAAAAUCCUAUUAUUGUUAAGUUUGCUCUUAAAUUUUAUAAGUAUGAUUUAAUAAUAAAAGAAGUAUUUGUUGGUUUGAAAGAGUAUCAUGUUUUUAGAGCUUCUGAGAAUGUAAAAUUGAUCAGUGAGUAUAUAGAAGAAAGAAGAGUAUCUGGUGAUCAAUUUCCAAAUAUUUUGGAUGCACAUAAUGAAUGGUCAUAUAAUUUUAAAAUUGAAGUGCUGGAUGAUAAGGUUAAUUGGUCUACUGAUAGAGAUAAUAUUUAUGUAUAUCAUAAAGUUAAAGUUAAGAUUAGAUUUGGAUUAUUUUCUGGAAAGAAAAAUAUUAAUUUAGAAAGAAAGGUCAAUAUUGAGAAUAUUUAUAAGAAUCCUGAAUAAUUAUAAUAUUUAUAUCUAAAUUACGUCGUCUAAAGCCGGUAUAUCACGUGAUUUUUCAUGUUAACUAUAACCACUCUAGCGUCGCCUAG